CUCUGGCAAAAGGGAAACCCGCUGUCCAGUGGCUAUUUCGCAGUUGCGGUAGCCUAUAGUAUUUUAGUGAGCGUGUAGAAAUACAAGUGAAGAUACCUUGGAGUAAAACUGAACCGUACGACCGUGUAGCCUACUUUUUUCUGCAAUGGCUGAUCAUCAUCUUUUACAUUAUAGCGACUCAGCUGCGGUUGGGAACCGUUUCGCCCGCAAAGGUGCUCUGCGGCAGAAAAACGUGCAUGAAGUCAAAAAUCACAAAUUUACUGCCAGGUUUUUCAAGCAACCGACAUUCUGCAGUCAUUGCACAGACUUCAUAUGGGGAUUUGGGAAACAAGGAUUCCAGUGCCAAG